UUUCAGAGUUGCAGCAGUGCGAUGAUGAUAUUACCGUUUUGUUUCUGUAGUCUUUUACUAGCUUUUGCUUGUAUUGACGGCAGGUGGAUGAACUCCAACAUUGGGCCAUACAUUCCAGUUUUUCUGAAGUUCAGAGAAUGCGCAAUUGGUGAAAAUGGAUAUGAUGGAAGUUCUCGGUACGUGAUAACAUUCACACGUUUUAAUCCGUACAAAAGAAAUGAGUUGCAAAAGUCGUCAACCAAUUAUACAUUUAGCCAACCAUUAAACGACUCAUAUUGGCAACGUCUUGUCUUUGACCUUUGGAGUAACAAUGAGUGGAAGCCGAACGCGCUUAUUCUCAACUACCCGUCAAAAUCAUGUUCAAUGAUGAAGCGAAACAGGGGCAAGUACUUCGCGAAUGUGUUUAAGGAAGACGUGUCUGGUGGCUGCGUCGUCCCCAAUGGGUCGUAUCACAUUCUUAACCAUGACCCGCGUAUGUUGAGUUUCCCGCAGUUACCAUACGGCCGUUACCGUGUACUUUUGACCAACGGUUUGCCAUGGCGGAAAGGCUGCAUGUUAUGUGCCUAUCUUGAAACGGACAUCAUUCCGGAAUAAAACUGUAAGACGCACAAGUA